AAGACUUAACUUUUUAUUUUGUUUACCGGGGAAUAAAGAAAAUGAAUUCCUUGAUGAAAUCGCCAGGAUGGGUCAUUUGCGCCAUAUUCCAAUGUUUCACAUAGAGUAUUUUCCUACGAAACAUACAUGAAAUAAUAGGACUGACAAAAAUCAGUUAUAUUUGAACAUAAUUCUAUACACUUUAUAGUAGUUUCCACAUAUUGUCAUCUUCUGAUCUGCAACAGUACGUAUAGGUAAGGGAACUAUAUACAUGUAACUUCUCCCAGGCACCUGAUCCACCCCUGGUGUUUCCAGGGGUUCGUGUUUGUCCUACUCCUAAGAUUUUGUAUUACUUAGUCCUAUGGGAAUUGAAUUAAAAGAUCUUUUAAAACACCCCCUUUUCUUCAUGCAACUUUUCAAAUGACAUACCUUUAAAAAAAAACAAUCUUCCCGAACUUAAGCUAUAAAUUUAUGGGAAAAUUAGAUAUGCUAUUGCGCAUAGAAGUAAUUAACCAGGCUCUGAAACAAAAAUUGAAAAUACGAUAAAAAAAACACUUUAUAACAACAACAACAACAACAAAAAGAACGGGGGGUGGGGGGUGGGGGGGGGGACCGGAUCGGAAAACCUUUUGUAUUUUAUAAUCGUUAUACGAAUAUAUUAGAUAUCGAAGCCAGAGAAACUUUAUUUUCCAAAAAUCUGCUCGAUGAAAAUGCUUUCAUAUGUAAUACUUGGAGUUGCAUUGUAUAUCUUCCAUUUUUUCCUAUAAAAAUUUCUUUGCUAUUUUCUGUAUAAGCUGGCUUAAAUUUUAAAAUAUAAAAUGUGUGGGUGUGUGCAGAUACAAGAGCUCCUCUUGGGUAAAUAAAGGUAUUUAAAACAAAUUAUGGCGAUCCCCACCUCCCAUCCUCUAGAGAUGGUGCAUAAAAUAACCAUGACCAAUGUAUACGACAGAGAAAAUUCGGACACAUUGAAUGCCAAUAAUUUUAAUGUCAUUCUAAGUGCUAAAUUUGAUUCCUUUUAAUAAUUUGGAUAUUUUAUCAAUACAGGUGAAAAAUGUUGAACACUUUUGAUAUAUUUUCUGUUUGUCUUCAGUCGGACCGUACAAAAUGGAUCUAGAUAUCAUUUACAAUGACUAGGCCUGUGGAAUCCACAAAUGAUAAAAUGUUUAAACUAUUAGUCAGAUUUAGUCUAAAUUAGGCAUUAUAAAAUACUUACAGUGUGGAAAUACCCGCUGUCCCUUACUCGUUUAACAAAGAAAAUAAACUAAUAUAAACCAUGAAAUCUAGGUAAUUUAUAGGGUUACCUAGUAGGGUUAUCUACGUGGAAUACUUGCGAAUAAUAAACCCUUUGCAAAUGUUUGGUUUGUUUUAUUUUUUUUAUUUUUACAAACGUGCAUAUUUCAAGGUGAAACUGAUAAGCGUUGAAAAUGUUGACUUUGAUCGUCAAAUUUUACCACGUGAGUAAAUACUCGACCAAUGGUUAAAUGAUUCUAUUUGUUGACCUAUUGCACGUGGAUCAAUUUUACUCAAAUACGCAUGUGUAGCAACCUUAUGACCCAUAAUUCUGACGUCUGCUAAGACUAUGACAGUCCCUGGUCACACGUCGAAUAUGGAGGAAAAACAGCAAUCGCUUACGGGAACCCCGAAUGAAGCAAAUCUGCUGAAAUUAAUGGAACGUACAGGCUAUCCAAUGGUGCAAGAAAAUGGACAGAGAAAAUAUGGACCACCCCCUGACUGGAACAAACAGUCACCUCCUCGUGGGUGCGAAAUUUUUGUAGGUAAAAUACCAAGAGAUUGCUAUGAAGAUGAACUUGUUCCCGUUUUUGAACGCGUUGGAAAACUCUACGAACUAAGACUAAUGAUGGACUUUUCAGGAAGCAACCGAGGGUAUGCAUUCGUAAUGUUCACAAAUCGUCACGACGCUCAAAAAGCAGUUCGGGAGCUGAAUAACUUUGAAAUUCGAAAGGGUCGAUUAUUAGGUGUAUGCACCUCAGUAGAUAAUUGUCGUUUAUUUGUUGGUGGAAUCCCUAAAACUAAAAACCGAGAUGAAAUCCUGCAAGAGAUGAACAAAGUCACAGAGGGAGUUGUUGAUGUUAUUGUGUAUCCCAGUGCUGUGGAUAAGAGCAAAAAUCGCGGAUUUGCAUUCGUGGAAUACGAGAGUCAUCGGGCUGCGGCAAUGGCCAGAAGAAAGUUGAUUCCUGGAAGAAUUCAAUUAUGGUCCCAUCAGAUUGCUGUCGACUGGGCCGAGCCCGAACAAGACGUAGACCCAGAGACGAUGUCAAAGGUUAAAAUACUGUAUGUGCGUAACUUGAUGUUGAGUACAACUGAAGAAACAAUACAGAGGUUCAUGAACACUAAACUGGGCAAGGAAAAUGCAGUGGAGCGUGUGAAAAAAAUCAAAGACUAUGCCUUUGUUCAUUUUAAAGAUCGAGAUGAUGCUCUUCAAGCCAUGGAACUUUCCCAUGAUACAACUCUAGAUGGAGCCAGAGUGGAAGUUGUUUUGGCAAAACCUGUUGAUAAAAAUGACUAUAGGAACUAUACAAGAGGCAAAAAUGCAUUUCAACAGGAUGAAAUUGAAGGGACUUUAGAAUCACAAUUAAAGCAACUUUCAUUUGAGGCAUUUAGUGGAUACAAUGUAUAUGGUGAUCAAGCCAUGUUUAGCCAAGUUUUCCCGCAGCCUGGCAGGGAAUUCCAAGGAAGAACUGCUGUAGGGAUUCGGGGUGCCCUGAGGGGGAGAGGACGUGGGGCAGCAGGAUCAAGAGGUGCUGGAAAUCAGAGGGCUGGAUUCAUUCCUGGUCUAAUGGGCAGAGGCCUCCGAAGAUACUCGCAUGAAGACCGUUUGUAUGAUCUGCUGCCUGGCAUGGAACUGACACCUACUAAUCCUAUAACACUCAAACCACAAACUGUCAAACCUCCAUCACAGAUUUUAGAUGACUUUUGCCAAAAAAAUGGACUUGGUUCUCCAAUUUACCAACUACAUUCCACUUUGAAUGGAGAUGCCCAAUUAUUUUUGUACAAGGUAACAGUUCCUGCCUAUCCAAGUUCAUUCCAACCCAACAAGUUAUGUCGCACUGUUGAAGAUGCAAAAUGUUACGCAGCAGAAUUUGUGAUGUCUCAGAUGGGCAUUCCAAUGGAUGGUCCACCAGAAAUGCCUACAGGACCUUUAGUGGCUUCAGCACCUGUUGCCCCUAACCCAUAUCAGGGUAGGCCUAUAGGACCUGCUUAUGCAUCUAUUCCAAGUGGCGUGUCUGCCCGUCCAGACUUGACUUUUGCUUCUACCAUGCCAGUGGUGACUACUGCACCACCUUCUUAUGUUAUGGCACAUGGCGAGGUACCACCACCACCCCAUCAACCUCAAAUUGCUGGUUUUGACACAGGAUACAUAAAGUGAGAUUACAGGUCACCAUAAUUUUCUUGUGGCAGAUUUGCAUAAUAUUUUUACUUUAGUAAUGAAGGAUUUUUUCAAUCUAAGAAGAAUAAGUCGGUGUCUUUGGAAAUGAUUCCAACAUUUAAUCUAUAGUUUUGAUUAAGGAAAAUAGUGGCUGUAUUUUACAAUUGGUCAGGAUGUAUGUUUACAUUUUAUUGAAGGACAGGAGAUAUUGUAUCUAAUGGUAUUACAUUUCUAGUUGUUAUAUGUGUAUUAUUGCAUGCAAUUUUGAUGUUAAAUGUUGAAAUUGUUUUAAGUUUUAGCAGUGUUCUAUUGAACACACAUGUUCACAGGAUUUUAUUCUCUCUUUUUGAGAAGUGGUUUUUUAUUACUUAUACAAAGGUCAAAUUUUAACAUAUAUUAAUUAUUAGAAUGAGUGACCAUUGAUAUUGUACCACAAAGUAACACCUAUUUCCAUACUAAUUAAUGUAUACUUACAUCAUUGUCGUGAUCAUCUGUGUAUCUGCAUUCUUAAUUAUAAGUAUCAUUAUAUUGUACUGUAACAGUAAUCUUUGUGGUACAAUAUCAUACAGUGCUCUUAAUUUGUUGAUAAAAACCUGUUGAUUCUGAAUGUUAUACACUUAACCCCCGAGAGUGCAUGCCAUGUACAGUGCCAAAAGCCUUACAAGUAUAUAAUAUGAACUUGUUAGUUUACUUAGUUAGAAAAUUUGGAAUCCUUGUGACUGAAAAGAAGAUAAUCAUUAGAUCAAUAGCAAAAUGCUUGUUACAAUUCAAUAGACCAUACCUAUGUAUAUACCAUAUAAUACUUCAUUAUAUGGUAUUUAAUGAAACUGAAGUAGGCAUUGCAAAGAAACGCUCUUUUUCUCUUACCUUGCUAGUGUUGUGUGCAUCCAUAAUUAAAGUGUAGUAAGCAAAUUUACAAGUAGCACAAACUUGCCAAUUUUAGGGGGGAAUAUUUGCCGAUAGAAUUUUGCAUUGUUAAAUAAUUAUAGUUGAUAUCUAUAUGUACUGGGUAUUAAGCUCAUAGCCUGUCAGCAAAGUAAUCUUUUGACUAUUGGUAGAUCUAUAAACAGUGGUGCUAUAUCUUACCAGUACAGUGUAUAAUUACCUGUAUAUAUGUGCAGUAUAGGUACUGAACAAUUUUCAUCUUGCCGGCUGGGUAAAAAAACAGAGACAUGUCUCCUUUCUUAGUUUAAAGUUGGUGAUGGUAUGUUUGAUAUGUAGAGUAGAAUUCAUAGUCUUGAUGAUUUAUAACCAGAUUUUUGUUUGAUUUGUGUUUCUGUUAUUAAUAUUUAGUAGAAAAUGGAAACCAUUACAUUUCCUAUUCUGUGCAGUCUGAUCAGGGACCUAUUGAUGUAGCUCCUGAUCAGGGACCUAUUGAUGUAGUCCCUGAUCAAAUAUUGUACACAUUGUAUUCUGUUUAAGUCAAUUUAGUGAAAUAUUGUACACAAUUUAAGAUUUUAAGUCAUGUUCAGAAUUUUGAUUUUAUCAUUAUUAUUAUUAGUUUGUCUUGUAUCGAGGCAUAGUUAGUUUUUAUGUAUUAGGCAUAGUUUUUGUCAUUAUAGUAUAGAUUUUUUUUUUCAAUGUUGUGUAUGUACAUGUAGUUUGCCAUCAACUGAAGCUUCUAGCUCAAAUGGAAAAGAUUGUUUUAACAGAUUUUUUUUCUUCUGUUUUUGCUGAAGAAAGAUGCCGCUCAUUAUCUCUAACAAAGGCGGUUGUUGCUAGAUGGGAAGAAUAUAAGAUCUGGUGGCCACCAGAUUAUUUUAUGGCAGCCGUCAAACAAGUUUCUGGUGGCUGCCACUUAAAAUUAUCUAGCUGCUGCCUUAAAUUUAUCAGCAGCCACCAGAUACAUAUGUGGCUGCCACCAGAAACUUGUUUGGAGGCCACCAUAAACUUGCGUGGCAGCCACCAGAUGAAAUAGUUUUCUCAACUUUCAUCAACCAGCUUUCCGUAUCAACCACUUAAAAUGACUACAUAGUGAUUUUGAAGCACAAGAUAUUUCAUUGACUUUUUGCUUAACAUAGAAGUGAUCUUGGUGGUUGUUUAAAACUCAGGAUUUAUUUUGUUUCCUUGCCCAGCAUAACUGUGAUAAAUUGAAUAUGGCAGCCCUCAAUUUUAGAUUAAAAUGGGACCAGGGAAUUUAAGAAAUGCUAGUGUAUUUGCAUAAUCCUUUGAAAUUGGAUCAAAAAUUUUUUAGAAUUAAAAUCAUCUAGAUAUCUUUUGGUCUGGUAAGUAUAUUUAUUGAGUUAUUAUCCUAAGUGGAAAUAAUCUCCAUGAACUUGGAUAAUUUAAAUAUAUUAUAGAUAUCACAACCACAAAAGGCUGCCAUUAUAUACAUCCUGUUUUAGUCCUUUUCAUAAAGAAAACAACUAUAGAUCAUGAUAUUAAAUGGGAAACUUAAGUAGACUUUCCAGGAAGACAGUAAUCGUGAUGUUAUUAGCUUUCCACUAAAAAGCUGGAAUUCUUUACUUUUAGUGUAUUUUAACUAUUUUUCUCAGGAUUGUUAUGAUUUGUUGAGAAAUGAUUCAAGGCAGAGAUUGGUUUCGAUUGCAAAGAGGGAAAUUUUGUUACGAUUUGUUCACCAUAAUCUAACUGGUUUUUUUGUAAUAUUACAUUCCAAUAUGUAACAAAUGCAACAAUUGAUAUAUAUGUAUCAACAUUCCAUUGUAUCAAUCAGAGCUUAAAUAAUAAAAGUUAUUCAUCUAUGUACACAAAA